AUGCUUUCUUCUGAGUUCGCCACAUCGAGUGGUGUCCGACAGAGCUGUCCUCUUUCACCUUUGCUCUUCAACUUCGUCAUUGAUACGAUCAUGGAAGACUCACUACCGGUCUCAAAUGCCUGUGGGGUCGAAUUGCUUCCUGGGCGUUUGCUCACAGAUAUCGAGUAUGCAGAAGACGUCACCGUUCUUGGAUCUGACCCCGUGGAAUUAGCAACUCUGAAAAAUGCCUCAAACCAGAGGAUAUUUCGAAAUGUGGUUGUAGAUGAUUCUAAUAUGCGCCACUGGACUGGUUACAUUGUUCCGGAAGAACCACCGUACAACAAGGGCGCGUUCAAAAUCGAAAUAGUGUUCCCUGCUGAGUAUCCAUUCAAGCCGCCAAAGCUGUUGUUCAAAACCCCCAUUUAUCAUCCGAAUAUCGAUGAAAACGGACAAGUGUGUCUGCCCAUCAUCCAAUCGGAUAACUGGAAACCGGCGACGAAAAUCGAGUACAUUCUGCAAGCAUUGGUGGCCAUGUUGCAUUCGCCAGAAACUGAGCGAGCCCUUCGAAGUGAGCUUGCAGAAGAAUACAUGAAGGAUAUGAAAAAGUUUAUGAAGAAUGCCGAAGAGUUCACGCGAAAACAUGCGGAAAAAAUUCCUGAUCUUUGAUGCCUGUGUGUAUUAUCGCAUUGUCCCUGAAGCGCGCAGUCAGCGCCUUUAAUGAGACUGUACGAUAAUUUAUACGAUUACAGCAUUCAUUCAAAAUCGCCCCAGCAUGUUGCCAGUUUACCCAAGCAUACACCAGGGCUUUCUUUUAUCUUUCUUCUACAUUCGAAUAACUAAUAGCACUCCUUCUCAACCAGCAGACUUCAACCCUGGAUUGACUACUGUGUGACUGGCACACGAACAAUAUCUUUACCAUGAGAAUCAUGUGUUGAGUUUCUCACUAGGUCAGGUGCAUCUUGCGCUCCUCCCGAAUCACCCGUGAACAUCAUCCACACAUCCAUUUCUCCAGAGUUAUGCCAUUUGCGAUUAACAGCAAUGCUUUGUACACCGUGGUUGAGCUACAUUAUGUAUGCACAAAUGUUUGUUUUUCUCUUGUUGAUGCUUGGUGGGUUGUCUGUUUCGUUACUGAAAUUAUCCGCUGUUCUAAAG